AUGCGCAACAACGCUGACGGGGACCGGCGGCGACCGCAGCGCACUCACCAUGGUUUCAAGUUGCGGUGCUCGCGCUGGGAGCUCGCCGUCGCUGCAGAGAUCGCGCCUGGGAACACUCCGUUAAUUGCAGUGAUAAUACAAAAUCGGGGGCCGGGUUCCCAGCACGUGAUGCGACGCGCACGCCCCGGCGACACCCGCCCCACCACGUCUCCAGCACGGCAUCCAUCCCCCGUCGCUGUCUCUCGUCGUGCGCGCAUGCCGCACACCGGUGCCUCAACCGCAGCGGCACAAGCGAAGCUAAUUCCCUGUCGUGAUAAAUUACGACACGCGGCCUACACCGAACGCGUAAACACUAAAAGCCCCACUCGCAGUGCAGGCAUCACUUCGCACGCGGAGCCCGGCGGAACAGCGCGCGUCGUCAACUAUAUUCCGUCCGCGACGCUCAGCGACGAGAAUCCACCGCCGAAGGAUCUGUCGAACGUCCGAGCCAUGUCGACGCGUGCUCAAGCACGCGUCCUGUCGCAAUAA